UCUUCCUCCGCAGGUCAACUCAGCAUUGGGACGUUGAAUUUGCCUCGAAUCUACAAUGUUGACCCUUCGACAAGACUGACCUUACUGAGAUUGAACCCACAGCCCCCCCUGAUCCUCUCAUUUGACUCCAUCUUUGCCCCCGGUUUUCGAGGUGAGACGCCACCUCUCUCGCCUUGGCUGCGACCAACUUCCUCGACCCUGCGAACUCAUCAAUUGCCUCGAUGCGACCAGUACGACGUUGACGACAUUCGCCCAUUUGCCACCGUGGAGGGCUCGGUUUCAGUAGCAAACAACAUGAAUGAACGCCGUUGAUUCUUUUGCCUCCAGUCCCUGUUUCCAUUCGUCGUCUCACUGCGCGGGAGUCGAUCGCUCGACGAUCAACAUUUCCUGCCAUGCCUGGACUUCCUGCCAGUAUUGAUCUCGACGAGUGUAUCGCCCAACUGUACAAGAAGAAUCUCCUCGCCGAAUCCCUGAUCGAGGCCAUAUGUGCAAAGGCAAAGGAGCUGUUGAUGAAAGAGAGCAAUGUCGUCCAUAUUUCAGCACCGGUCACUGUUGUCGGGGAUAUUCAUGGCCAGUUCUUUGACAUGAUUGAGAUCUUUAAGAUUGGAGGAUUUUGUCCAGAUACCAAUUACCUCUUUCUUGGUGACUAUGUCGAUCGUGGUCUGUUCAGCGUCGAAACCAUUUCUCUUUUAGUGUGCCUGAAGCUACGAUACCCGUCACGAGUCCAUUUGAUCCGUGGCAACCAUGAAUCACGAGGCGUCACUCAGUCAUACGGGUUCUACACAGAGUGCGCCAGAAAAUACGGCAAUGCCAACGUCUGGCAUUAUUUCACCGACAUGUUCGAUUUCCUGACACUCAGUGUCGUCAUCAACAACCAAAUAUUUUGCGUCCACGGAGGUCUUUCACCUUCCAUCCACUCGAUCGACCAGAUCAAAAUCAUCGACCGAUAUCGAGAAAUCCCCCACGAAGGUCCCAUGGCCGACUUGGUCUGGUCCGACCCUGACCCGGAAAGGGACGAGUUCUCUCUGUCGCCUCGAGGCGCUGGAUACACUUUUGGAGGCGAUGUGGUCAAGAAGUUCUUGCAGGUCAAUAGCAUGUCCCACAUUCUACGUGCCCACCAGCUGUGUCAGGAGGGUUAUCAGGUCUUGUACGAUGACCGGUUGAGUACCGUUUGGAGUGCUCCCAAUUACUGCUACCGAUGUGGUAACCUGGCCAGUGUCCUUGAAGUUAGCGACGCCGGAGACCGGUAUUUCAACAUCUUUGACGCAGCGCCGGAGAAUGAUGUCCAUCGAACCGAGCAACAGCAACAGCAGCAACAGCAACAGCAGCAACAGAAUCAGGGCAAAGACGGCCAAGGUUCUCAUAUCGAGUAUUUCCUCUAGACAUGUGAUUCUACACCUUCCCAUGUUUCUAUUCUGAACUAGGAGAAUAAGAACUCACUACAGAGACAAUGUUGUCUCCUCGCGCUCAAGUGCUGGUCACGUGUUGGACCGACCAGCUACAACGCGAAUACCCCAGCCUUGGAUCUCAUCAUCAUGCUCUCGAGAUUCAGUGCACCAGGCAACUGGUCUGGUCUGGAAACUCCUCAUAACUCCCAUGGUGGGCUAUCGUCAAUCACCAGUUCUUGGCAAUGUCAAACGACCAUUCAAACUUCAGAUGGGUGACAUCGUCGUCAUCGACAAACCGCGAAAUCGCAUCGUAGUGACCCCGAGCCAUCAUGCCGGAAGGCGCUUCCUCAGGUGCGAAUUUCUUGGUGUAUGUCGGCUUGUCUUUGGUAUUUGGUGCAUAGCUGCCAAUCAUUUCCUGGUCUUUGCCGAGAGGGAUACCCUUGCGCUUCAGAGUUUGAACAUACUUCAGACCAGAGAGAACCUGAUGCUGAACGACGAAAACGGCCUUCAUUUGAUACUUGCACCCUUCCUUGAUGGUAAAGGGCUUGCCUUUCAAUGAAUCCAAAGCUCCUGGCUGAGAAAGAUCGAUCGUGAUGUCAGGUCGACCCUCGACUUCCUAUGCUGGGUGAUUAGCUCAAAUAGAUUUACAGAAGAACUUUGGUGGCGAGAUAGAUACCAGAGCAAGAGACUUGAUGAUACACAGCCGAGGAUCAUUGGGAUCCGAGACCGAGUUACCAGCAGCUAGACCAAGAGAAGCCUUCCAUCUAUUCAAAGCAUCGUCUUCCUGAUCUGAAAUGUGUGAUUGUUGGUUAGUCGUAUGGUCAUGUUAUUGUCUUGUUCUGGCUGGUAUGAGAGGCAUGCCAAGAAGAGUCAAAGGGAGUGGUUGAAGAGAAUCCCAAGGAUACACAAGACUAUUGAGUAGACGUACGACAAUCAUGGACAAUAGAC